AUGGUAAAAACUUUGACAAAGUCAAAGAAGUUAUCGACACAUUUAACCCAUAUGACGUCUAUUAAAAAUGCACCACAAUUAUUAAAUGAUAACUCGAUCAAAAAUGAACUUUCGAUAAUUCUAUCAAAUUUCCAAUGCAUAAAAAACACUAUUACGUGUCUAGAAAAAUCGGUAGUUAAUCUUGGAAAAAGUCUAGAAUUGGUUCAAAAUGUAGAAAAUAAAUUGAGUGAAGGAGGAAGAGGUAUUGAAUUUGCUGAAGUUAAGCUAUCGAAAGUAUUAUCAAAAAAUCCCGGAUUAUCACAAAUAAAAAAAAUGUCUGAAAUUAUAAGUGGAGAAAUAAGAAACGACAAUGAAGACCUUGCAGAGUUGUCACCAGAAGAUAUUUCUUGUUUCAAAUACGCACCAAUUGUGUCAGCAGAUGUGCAAAGAAGUUUUUCGAAAUACAAGGUAAUGCUACGCGACAAUCGAAGAAGAUUUCAAUUUGAUAAUUUAAAAGCACAUUUUGUUACAUCAUGUUGGUAUUCUUUCAAUAAUUAA